AUGGAUAUGUCGUUCACGGACAGUCACCAAUUGAACGAUUCCACCAGGUUUGACGCGUCAAUAAACACUGCAUGUUUUACCGGUGUUCAGCAAUUGGUGGCGGAAUUUCGUUUACUUCGCGAGGAAAUGCGGACGAUGAAUAGCAAUAUCCUGGCUCUUCGUACAACAAUAACUGGCUUAUCGUCAAGGAUGGACAGCUGUGAUAGCCGGGUGGAUAAUCUGUGCGCCCGGGUGGAAGCUCUGGAGUCCAAGACCGGACAUCCUAACGGGCAUAAUAGUACUGAGGCUUCUAUGUUGGAAACCAUUGCUCAACUUAAAGUGGAUUUAAAUGACCGUGACCAGGACAUGCUAUACAACGACAUUGAGAUUUCUAGUGUGCCUGAACAUGCGGGAGAAAAUACUACUCACAUAGUCACUACUUUAGGGCAGAAACUCGGUGUUACGCUGUCUGAACACGACAUCGUUGACGCUUCUCGUGUGGGUCGUGCGCCGCUGUUAGACGGGGGCGUCGAGGGCCCGCCGUCCCGCCCGCGGCUGCUGGUGGUGCGUCUAGCGCGCCGCGCUGUGCGCGACCAGCUGCUGCAGGCGGCGAGGGUACGCCGCGGGGCAACAACGGAGGGCACCGGGCUCCCGGGGCCCAGUUGCCGCUUCUAUGUCAACGAGCGGCUGACCCCCUUCAAUCGACGGCUAUUUCAAAGGGCACGGCAGCUGAAGGAGCAUCACGGCUGGCGAUAUGCGUGGACGCGGGAUGGCAGGAUCUAUCUGCGCCAACGGCCGGGUACAGAUUCUCCGAGGCAUCGUAUAAGGACAGAAAUGGACUUAAUUCGUGUUUUUGGCUCUCUUGAUGUUUGUUCUCAGUCAUAA